CCUUUCUUCGGACCUGCACCCCCAGGUAUGGUGUCUGUAAAAUAUUAUACUUCAGCUUAAACAACAACAGAAAGAAAUAACGGCUGCUUUAUUCAGCGAGCACCAUGUAAAUGCCGAGUGCCGCGACAAGCACCUAUAACCGUGCCAGGCUAUAGCAGACGACGCUUGGACGCUUGGCGCGGAGGUCGAUGGCAGCGCUGCGGUGGCGUGAACGGUAGCGGGCUAAAUGGUGCGCAUAGGCUAGGAGUUGGGGUACUUAAAGAGGAUCUAUAAACGUUGUUGCGGCGGCCCGGGCGGUCGAUGUGGUACUGAUCGUUUGAUCUUAUUUACGCGGUGCGUAGAGAACAUGUGCUCCUUUUUUGUGUGAAUUAACGAUCACUAAGCCCUGGGUCCUGUGCAAUGCUAUUAGCUCGCUGUAUGUUUCUUGCGGUGCGCCGUUGUUGAUUAUCGUAGUGCGGUCCACACGCGCUUUCUUUGUGCCCGGCUCAUGAGAAGUGUUGUACUCUCGCCGCUCCCGCAUCGGCUCACAGUGCACGGAAGAAUGUGUUGAUAGUUGUGCUAUCGCGUGCUGUAGUUAACCGCAAUUCAACACUACGCUGGACGGACUGUUGGUGCAGUCGAUGCGGCGUGAACGGACACGAAGGAGCGCUCGCCUCAGAAGGGAUGUCACAAUUUCCUGAGACGGAGGCAUCUCUGCACCACAAAGGAGACUGCGGCACUAUGCAGCCUGAACAGCACGACAAAGCAUCUGAUCUGCCUGCUUUGACAAGAUGUGGCUGGGCCUGCAGAAAGAGUGUAAGCACACUACUGUGUUGCAGAUCAGUGCUGGUGCUGAUCUCUACGUCUGAGUUGGCCUCACAACGUCCAGGCGCCACUGUGCUUUGCUUCAUUGACAAGGUGUGGCUAGGCCUGCAGAAAAGCUGUAAGCAGACUGCAGUGUUGCUGAUCAGUGCUGAUCUCCACGUCCGAGUUGGUGCCACAAUAUCCAGGCACCACGGUGCUUUCACAAGGUUCACAGUCGAAAUGGGUUAUUUAUUUGUGCUAGUAAGUGGAUGUGGGUAAACCAAGCCAAAACGGACAGCACGUUUGCCAGGGAGAUUGCCCGAUGCUUGUGGCAGGCACAGGAAUUAAUCCACAGGAGUGUUACGAGCAAAAGUAUGUAUGUGAAAGCUAAAGGAAGGUGGUGAGGCCAAGCCAGCGUUGACACCACAAAAUCUUGGUGCAUAUCUAAGUAAGUAGACCCUGUCCUGCUAGCUCAUGUUUUCAUAAGGAUUGCAAAGUGUUUGGAAGUUAAAGGAGUAAUGCCUAUCACACGGUGCUUUUUCUGCACGAAUAUAAUGGGCUGUCGGUAAGAUCGGGUUGUAUUGAGGUGAUCUCUCAUAUGGGCCGACACAGUUUACAUCUACACAUCAGGGGCAUGCAUAGCUGUAUGCGUAUAUUUAGUGCUGUGCUCUAGCUCGCUAACAAAAACUAUCAUUUAGUUUCUAUAGUGGUAUUAAAGGUGCAUUAAUCUUUCCUAUAAACAAUUCUGCGCUGGCAUCUAUGCAGUGUUUUCCGUCUGCAUAUUCCGCAGUGCGGUAGCAAAGAGCUGUGCUAUCUGUGUAUUCACUUGCAUGAGCUUGUUAUACUUGUUCAUUUAAUGUAAAAUACUUGUGGAAAAGUAUUAGACUAUUUCUGUGGUCUUGUAUUGCAAUUCUGCAGCCAUUUAUAUUGAUUGUAAAACACGAACAUUUAACAGAGACAGGAACAAGACAAUGCGAGGACGAGCACUUGCUUUCAACUGCUGUGGUUAAUGUUGAAAUAUCAAUUUACAUAGGUAAAAAACUCAUAAGCCUCCGUGUUUUCUUUUUCCUGUUUCUCUGUGAGAUUUUCACGCUUUACUCAAUAUCAUGCAAGAACCAGCCCAUUCAGUUAUGCAGUGGAGCCACCGAUUGUGCAUGUCAGUUCCAAUGGCUUGUUAGAAUCUAACA